AAUUAAUCUCUACGCUUCUCUCUCUGCAAUUACUCCUUGAGAACAUCUCUCUCUAGAAUAUCGAGUAUUACUGACUUGAGCGUUGGAGUGCUUUCCCCGAGGAAAUAUCCUCGGGAUUUUCAGGUGUAGAAGCAGUUGAAGACUUCAACAGUGUUGGAUUGUGAAGCUGCCCAAACAUUGGCGCCGUCUGUAGGAAACUCGAACAAGAAGUUGUGUGAUUUAACCUGCUGAAAGACAAAAUGGUCCGUACCUUUACAGGAGGUCGCCCUCCAAGAAAUGAAAUGGACGAACAGGAGGACGCUCACGUGUCUGAGCCCGGCCUGAAUGACUUUAGACCAACGCCAAGAAAUCUUUUUGUAGGGGGAGCCGAACAGGAUCACCUAAGUGAGACAGAUGAUGAAAGAACACCAACUGGGUAUGCAACCCAGCCGGAACAGUUUCAAGUUCCAACAGGAACAAGACAAAGAUCUGCCAGACCGUACAAUUCACAGCGUGAACGACCUGAAAGGUUAACAGAGCCCGCUCGGACAACAGAGCUCGAAGAGAGAACCAGAGUUCUCGAAAUGACAAUAGGUAAAAUCCUUGCCCGUUUAAUUCCUAAUGAUCCCUUGAUUCCUUUGUUGAACAUAGAUGCACAACCGGCUGCGGUUGUUACAACUCGAAACUCCCCCGCUCUUAGUAACAUAGUAGUGCCAACCAGGCCAAGGGGAAGCGGGAAGUCGAAUAUCGAGCCCAGCUUGUCCAAACAUAGUGAAGAGUUGAUGAGAAAGAACGCAGACCUUGAAAGACAGCUGCGAGACGUACAAAAGUCUAUUGACGAGCUGAAAAGUCCCAGGUCACAUCAACAGACUCUGGAUUUAGAUAGUGCACUACUAAACUUAUCCAUUACGGCAGAGCCGUAUCAAGAGGGAUUUAAAAUUCCCCACCUGGAGACAUAUGAUGGCUCAGGCGACCCUAAUGAACAUCUGCACACCUAUCAAGCCAUCAUGAGAAUCCAAAACGCCAAUGAUGCCAUGAUGUGCAAAGUGUUCCUAGCAACACUCAAGUCAACAGCCAGGAGAUGGUAUCACAAACUCCCCAGACAUUCAAUAAAUUCAUUUUCCCAGCUCGCCAAGCUAUUUUCUAACAAAUUUGCGAGCCAAAGGGAGAUCAAGCGUACAGCAACUGAGCUGAUGCAAGUUAACCAGAAGGAAGGGGAGUCUUUGAGGGAUUACAUGCAGCGGUUCAACAAAGCCACCUUGGACAUUAAUAAUGUCCCAGACACGAUCUGCCUGUCCGUCCUGUUGCAUGGGUUGAAGCGUGGCCGGUUCCUAGACGACCUGCUUGAAAACCCACCGAAGACGUGGAACGAGGAGCAACAAUCGAGAAGAGAAGAGAAGAAGAAGCAGAAGGUCAAUGAGCAAUGGGGGAAACCAGCUGAGUUCCCGAAGUAUGCCAAUUACAUUCCUUUGACCUUACCUAGGUCUCAAAUCCUGGCACAAAUCCAGCACUGGGUUAGGAGACCUCCACCCCCACUGCAUGAUUCCCCGAGGGCAGACAAGAGCAAGCAUUGUGACUCCACCGUGUAUAUGGCGUACGACCGACCUCAAGGGCAGAGGUACCAGCACGGCGUGACGCAGGAUGUAUAUCAGGAUAACACGUAUCCUUCUGAGCAGAGCAGAGCAUACCGAGGACGUCCAUUCAACAGGAGAGGACAGGGGCAGAGAGUUGUUGCCCAGAACCAAAAAAAUAAGAAAGGGGUAGGCUAUACUGGGAUACCCCCGCCCUCGGGUACAAUAAACAUGAUAUCGGGUGGUGUUCACUCUGGGGGCCAAAGCGCCCAAGCUCGCAAGGCAUAUGCCCGACAGGUGAUGACUGUCAACAAAAACAAACCCUUGAAGCGGCCGUUUGAGGAAGCAGAAUGGGAGAAUACGCCUAUCACAUUCAGCCCGGCAGAUUACAAACGAGCAGAAGGAGAGCCUGACAUUAUGAUGCCCCAUGCAGAUCCCUUUGUGGCAAUGGUUCAUAUAGGCAAUCAUAAUGUCAAUAAGGUGUUUAUUGAUACUGGCAGCUCGCCAGAUAUUUUAUAUUGGAGCUGUUUUCAAAAGAUGCAGCUGAAUCCAGGCUCACUGCAGAAGUAUGAAAGGCCCAUAUACGGGUUUGAUAACCAGCCCGUCCCGGUCGAGGGAAUUAUUACUCUUCCCAUAUAUGUGGGCUCAGAACCGCGCUUCAGAAUGGCUUCUGUCACCUUCCUAGUCGUUAAGAUGGAAUCAGCUUUUAAUGCUAUAUUAGGAAGAGCCACCCUGUGCGAGCUGAAGGCUGUUAUCUCACAGCCCCAUCUCUGCAUGAAAUUCCCAACUCCACAGGGGGUAGGAGUGCUAAAAGGGAAUCAGAAGAUGGCUAGGGCCUGUUAUCAAGACACGUUCAAGAAGGUCGAGCUCACUGCAGCUCCGACAAGUGCUGAAGGUCGCAAGCCAACCCAGCUCGGUCAACAAACAGUCAAGAUCGGCACCAAGCUCACGGAAGAAGAACGAGCAGAGCUUCUGGAGUUUUUGAGGGUCAAUCAAAACAUGUUCGCGUGGACUACUAAUGAAAUGCCCGGCAUCUCGAAACAAGCUGCCAUAGAUGAGGAGAUACAAAAGCUGCUACAGGCAGGCUUCAUCAGGAGAGUGGAGUACUCCGAGUGGGUAUCUAACCCCAUUCUCGUCAAAAAGCCAAAUGGCAAGUGGAGGAUGUGCAUUGAUUUCACCAACCUCAAUGAGGCGUGCCCAAAAGACCCUCAUCCCUUGCCCAAUGUUGAGAAGUUAGUAGAACGGGCAGCCGGACACGAACGGAUGAGUUUCCUUGACGCCAGCUCAAGUUAUCAUCAGGUUCAGUUGCUGUUGGACGAUCAGGAGAAAACAGCUUUCUACGCUGGUGACGCUAUCUAUUGCUAUGUGAUGAUGCCAUUUGGCCUGAAAAAUGCUGGCGCUACAUAUCAGAAGCUGGUACAAAUCAUCUUUAAGCUCCAGAUCGGCAGAAACAUAGAAGUGUAUGUGGAUGACAUGAUAGUCACCAGCUGCACGUUCGCUGUAGAAUCAGGAAAAUUCCUAGGGUACGUGGUAUCCAAGAAAGGAAUUGAAGUGAACCCAGAGAAGGUUCUGGCUGUUCAGCAGAUGGAGCCACCCAAGACAGCGUUUAACGAGCUCAAGCAGUAUCUGGCAUCUGCACCCCUACUGUCUAAGCCUAUGGAAGGGGAGAGUUUAUACCUAUACACAGGGGUUAUAGGAGAGGCAGUGAGCUCGGUUCUGCUCAGGGAGGAGAAUAAGAAUCAGAAGCCUAUCUGCUACGUGAGCAAGAUUUUACAAGGUGUAGAGCAGAACUACCCAUUAGCAGAAAAGGGCUGCAUUUGCCCUGGUAAACCUGAACUCUCUGGUCGGCUUAUUGGGUGGAGUGUCGAGCUGAGUGAAUAUGACCUCAAAUUUCAGCCGCGUACAACCAUAAAGGGCCAGGCCGUUGCAGACUUUCUGGUGGAAUGCAUUUCAGCAACUAAGGAAGAAAAAGCACCUGAGCACCCAAUCUGGGUUUUGUAUGUUGAUGGAGCCGCUAGCAUUGAAGGAUCAGGUGCCGGGGCUGUGUUAGUGGGCCCAGAUGGUUUCAAAUCUGAGCACGCGCUGAGAUUUAAGUUUCAGAUGACUAAUAACGCCGCAAAAUAUGAAGCCCUCAUUUACGGAUUAAAGCUGGCGUCCGAGCUGAAGGUACAAAGCAUUCAAGUCUUUAGCGACUCUCAGCUCGUCGUGGGCCAGGUGAAUGGCAACUGUGAAGUCAGGGAUCCCCAGCUCGAUCGUUAUGCCUCUGUGGUCAGUAGAUUGAAGUCAAUCUUUGUCUCUUUUCAAAUUGAUAAAAUACCAAGAGCAGAUAACCACCGAGCCGACGAGCUGUCCAAAUUGGCCUCCUCACAGGACCUUAACCCUCAGAGGUCGACAAUCGUCGAGGUGCUUGACGCCCCAAGUUACACCGAUCUCGCAGCCGAGUGCCAACUGUUGAGUACAGACCCCUCUACACCGAGCUGGAUCACCCCGCUGAUAAGUUAUUUACAAAGUGGUGAGCUACCUGAAGAUCAGUCCGUUGCAAAGCUGGUCAGACGCAGGGCGGCACAUUUCACUUUGAUAGAUAAUCAGCUCUACAAGCGGGCAGCCUCUAUGCCCCUAUUACGCUGUCUCACUCCUUAUGAAGCUGAAUAUGAUGUGAGAGAAAUUCAUGAAGGAGUAUGUGGCACGCACAUUGGAGGCAAAACCUUAGCUCGGAAGCUCUUGAGGCAUGGGUAUUACUGGCCAACUAUGGUUGAGGACACACAGAACUAUGUCAAAAAGUGCCCAACCUGCCAGUUCAAUGCUGAUGACAUUCACAUGCCAGGGGAAAUGCUCUCAUCACUCUCAUCUCCCUGGCCUUUUGCUCAAUGGGGAAUCGACCUGCUCGGCCUUUUUGUGAAAGGCAAAGGAGGCUGCACUUUCCUGGUCGUUGCAGUGGAUUACUUCACUAAAUGGAUAGAAACUAAACCAUUGUCCACGACAACAGAAAGGAAAAUAGAAGAAUUCUUGUUCAAUUCAAUAUUGUGCAGGUUCGGCAUACCUAAGCGGAUUAUUGCCAACAAUGGGCCACAGUUUCGGGCAGCAGCACUGAGAUCAUUCUGCAACGACUAUGGCAUUGAGCUCUCCUUAACGUUUGUGUACACCCCGCAGUCAAACGGACAGGCCGAGUCUGCCAAUAAGAUCGUUUUGCGAGGCCUCAAGGCGCAUGUUAUAGCCGCGCGUUCUAAUUGGGUUGACGAGCUCAAUAAAGUACUUUGGUCAUGUCGCACGACACCCAGCUCGACCACAGGCGAAACCCCGUUCAGCUUGGCAUAUGGAGCUGAGGCCGUCAUCCCUGUCGAAGUCGGUCUGCCAUCUGCUAGAUCAGAUCGUCAUGACGAUCAGAAUAAUGGGCAACUCCUAAGAGAGAACCUAGACCUAGUGGAGGAAGUUAGGGAAAUGGCUCGAAUUAGAAACAUGGCACACCAAAGCCGUGUGGCAAAGUUCUAUAACAAAAGAGUUCGAGCUCGACAAUUUCAGGUUGGCGAUCUGGUUCUACGCAAAGCUGGAUUGACCAAUGCCUAUUCACACAUGGGCAAGCUCGUUCCUAAUUGGGAAGGGCCUUAUAUGGUUAUUUCCAUUCAGCGACCUGGAUCUUACCAGUUGGCAGAUUUAGAAGGUCACCCAUUAUCGUUUAUUUGGAACAUACAUAAUCUUAGGAAGUUUUACAGUUAGCAUGUAUGUUGUUAGUGUUCAGGUCGUUACUGAUCAGUUGUAAACAGUGAUUUACUAAUCAUUCAACGCAGAAAUAUUGAAGCAAAAGAUUCGGAUUUGUAUUUCAUCAAUGAAAUUUUAUAUGUGUA